AUGACGCCGCGCAAGCAACCCAAUCCUGUGCGUACAUGGACGCCGACGCGCGGCGCCCCUCCUGCCUCCGCUCGCGGCGCGGAUCUCGCGCAAGUCGUCGUGUGCGCGAUGCAGCUGCGCUAUCUCCAAAUCCUCGAGACGUAUCUGCCACUCGUGGAUGCCUUCGCCAUCCGCGCGUGUCUGUCAUGCUGGAGGAGCUACCCGCUCGAGGUCCUCCUGACAUUCGACGCUCAGCCCGUCGCGGGGGCCGCUGCCCUUGUCGCUCGCAGCACGGAGACGCUUCACGUCCUCCAAUUGGCGUGGUGUCCGCUGGGCGCGUUCGCGAACCUGACGUGGCUUGCCAUUCACACGUUGCAGAUGUGCCGGCCUGCGGACAUGGGCGUGCUCGGCGUGUUCCCCAUGCUGCGCACCCUGACGCUUUGA